UCGCGGACUUUUUCCGUGUCGCUUCCCCUUCUUCCCGGCAUCCCCCUUUCCGCUUUCUCACGGCUCUUUGGUUCUCCCACCUCUCAGGCGCUUCGCGCCCAGGGGUUCACUGACGUCAUCUCUCUGCGCUGCGCGGAUACCCGCCGGUGGAGGAAGGAGCAGCUCCGCCGCCCUUCGCUUCUUUUGUUGGGCUGCUACUCCUCCGGAGUCAUGGCGCCGUCGCUGUGGAAGGGGCUGGUGGGCAUCGGCCUCUUUGCCCUAGCCCACGCGGCCUUUUCCGCUGCGCAGCGACAAGUGAUGUCAGAUCCAGCGUGGGGCUGGCAAAGUGUCAGAUCGAGGACCUCGGAUGCUCAUGGUCCCAUGACAACUAGGUGGACAACGUCUUGGGCACUCCUGGGCUGUCCAGGCGGACUGACAAAUCGUUCUUAUAUGCGAUUAACAGAAAAAGAAGAUGAAUCACUGCCAAUAGAUAUAGUUCUUCAGACACUUCUGGCCUUUGCAGUUACCUGUUAUGGUAUAGUUCAUAUUGCAGGGGAGUUUAAAGACAUGGAUGCCACUUCAGAACUAAAAAAUAAGACAUUUGACACAUUAAGGAAUCACCCAUCAUUUUAUGUAUUUAAUCAUCGCGGUCGAGUACUGUUCCGGCCUUCGGAUACAACAAAUUCUUCAAACCAAGAUGCGUUGUCCUCUAACACAUCAUUGAAGUUACGAAAACUUGAAUCACUGCGUCGUUAAGAUUUUUACAAAUUAUAAUAACAGAAUAGGACAGGACACAGAGCUGGAAUAUUGGAGUUUGGGGUACAAAACACUCCCCCCCCAUCAGUAUUUAUAUUGAUCUUUCAGACCUAAUUAAAAAAGUCUAUGACCCUUGUUUAUACACUGUUAAUCAAAUCAUGAAUGCAAUAUAAGUUAUCUGUGAAAUGAGUCUUUGAUCUUUCAUAGAGAAUUCUUUUUUCAUCUAAAACAAAUUCACAUGUUUUGUAAAAGUCACUGUUUUGAACACGUUUCUUUGAAAAAUGGUGGUUUUGUAAUUAUUUAUUUUCUUAGAUUUCUUUUCUUUUGCACUACAGUUUUCAGGAUCCUUUUGGAGAUAGUGUGACUACUGCAUUUUGCAGCAUAAAUGCUAGUAAAAUGGUCUUAAGUUCUUAACAACAAAUGGACCUCUCUAAAGAGACCAAAAUGGUGACUUAUCAGUUUUUCUUAUGCCCCCUAAAAAGUGGCUCUGCUUCAGCAGAUACUUGCCAGUUUUUAAUUUAUCCAUUACUUCUCACCCUACCCCGCUCCCAUAUACCUCCUAACAUCAGUCUUGUUUCAUCACUUCUCUGGGGUUCUGUGUGCAGCGAGCAAUUUUUGUGUCAGAAAUCCUUUGUCAUAACAAAUAUAUUUAACAAACUCAGCUUGCUGUAAAGCUACUUGUGUUCUCUUCAUUUAUUGGUAAAAAAUGUCCCGAAUUGAUUGUGUAGUGUAAGAAUAGUUGAAGAUAGACCAAAAAGACCAUCCGUGAAUUAAUUAUCCUGCCUGUGUAGAAGAAUAGUAAUCACUGAGGAAAACUGAUUACUUGUCAUUAGCCAGUUUAACUUAUUCAAAAUCUCUGUUAUUUUAUUGCAUACUAAACUAGUGAAUUAGUAAAAAUAAAGGAAACCUUCUCAUUAAAGGUAGACUUCAACGGAAUUGGGCCAAAUAUGUUCUAAAUAUUUGGAACUCAUGUCUUUAAAAAAAAUUAAGGUCAUUGAAGAAAUUGUUUCAUAGCUUCUGAUUUGUUUUCCAUCUUCAUUGUAUGUUGCUGAAGGUGAGGAUGAGGGUACAGAGAAGAAUUUUUUUAGAAACAGUAAUUUAAGUUUUAGGGGAAUUUGGCUAGCUCUUUGAUCUACAGGAAGCUUAACAUUUCUACAUUUCUUCUUAGAAAACAUUGCUUUUGUUGAAUCAUACAGGUAUGGAAACAUUGCUUUUGUUGAAUUGUAUAGGUAUAAAGGGAAUAACUGUAUGCAGAUUUGAAAAGGAAAUGUGCUUUAGGCAAGAGUCAUGAGAUGUCCUUAUCCUUGAAGGCAUUUUUUUCCAUUAGUAAUGAACCUCAGCUCUUCUGCCUGGUAACGCAGCCUGAAAUACAAGAUUAUUUUGUCAUUGGGUUUUUAUCCAUUGUUUAAUUUUGUUUUGCCAACCCAAUCUGUGGAACACUGACUCUGCUCUCUAAGGAGAACAAAGUUAGAAAUCUGUUGAAAACCUAAAAUAAUUUAGAAAUGAGUUUAAAAUGUGAAGUCAGGGGUUAAAGUGGUUGUAUUUAAAUCCGAACAGUGUAUGAGAAACAAGCUCCUUACGUCAGGCCUGUGUACCGUUUCCUCAGGUAUGACUUGAUUCACAAGAGCGUCUUAUUUUCUUCUCUUUGGGGGCCUGUCUUCCUUUCCUAAUAGGUUUUAAUAAUAACUUUACUGAGGUAUAAUUCACAUACCUUACCAUUCACCCAUUUAAAGGGUACGAUUCAGUGGUGUAAUAUAUUCAUGAAGUUGUGCAACCAUGAUCACAGUGAAUUUGAGAACAUUGCCAUCAGCCCAGAAAGAAACCCUGUGCCCUUUAGUGGUUACCUGUCUUUUUCCCCCAGUGCCUCCCAGCCACUAAUCUACUUUCUGUCUCUGUACAUGUGUCUAUUCUGGUCAUUUAAUAUGAAUGGAUUCCUGCAGUAUCUGGGCUUUCAUGACUGGCUUCCCAAAUAUGGUUUUGUUCUAUGUGGAGUGAGAACUUCUCCUCUUGAGAACUGUGAUUGCUGUAAAAGGAAGUGGUUUGUAAAAAUCAGUAGAUGUAAGGAGGGAGGGUCACAUACCUAACAGGUUUCUCAGUCCGUCUUAUGCUGAAUAGUUUUUUCUCAGAACCAAGCAUUCAUGAUAUGUUACUACUUAUAAUAUUUUUGUCUAGUCUCUAGAAUGGAUAUUGAUAUGGAUAGCCCAGUCAGGAAAGUCCUGCUAAAUAUGAUGCCAAAUAACGUGGCAAAUAAUUGACAUAGCAGUCUUCAGUUGUGUCUCAUUUUGCUAGGAGCUUGUAUACCUCUGGUCAGGUGAGCUUCCCAAAUUUUUUCUUUAAUUUCUUCCAGUGAAUUUAUGCUGUCUUUUAAAAGUAGGUACCAUAGGAUUUGGGUGAUUUGGGUGCUUCAUAACAGCACUAAAUGGAUUAAGUUCAGAAUUCUAUUUAUACUACUAUGAGGCAGUACUAAGGUAGCCAAAAAUGUAGUCAUGCGAGCUAGUUAAGCCUGCAGUUGACUAUGAUUUCAGUGACAUUCAGAAGUGUGUACUGUUGAAGGCUCUCUAGAAUAUAGGAAGACUUAAUGACCAGGGAACCAGCCAAAUGCUAUGGCCUAGUGGGCCAGCUGCAGAAAAUGCAGAUUUGUGAAUUAGAGACUGUGAUGCUCUGUAACUCCCUAAUGAUUGUUUUCUAAGCAUUGUGGCUUAUUUUUGAGUGGCAUGACAGCAUCCCCCUGGUUGUAUGUGGCCUGUUUCCAUGAUGUAUUGAGUAGUGUUGUUUGUUGUGAGCAUCGAUGCCUGUAACACCAAGCUAAACACAUUCUUUUGGAUAUGUUUCCUCUCUUUAAAUGACCUUGCCCUGUCCAAUAAAUAAAUGAUUGUCUCACCCUGUU